GACACGCAGCAGAGCUCCUGACGUUUUUGGCCCUUCACUUCAAUUCCUCCUUUUACAUUAACAUUCGCUCCUACCACAGUCCACGACGCCUUGCAUGGGAAUUCCUCCACUGAUGUCUGCCGGGACUGGACGUUAUCCAUUAUGAAUAAGGUAAACACCGAGGUCCGCAGAAGAGAGGGGGAUAAGAACCUGAAGAAUCUGCACAACCCUGGGGCCUCUUCGCAUACACUGACGGAGACGAACCACCGGCAAGGCCGCACUGAGCCAGGCAUGUGCAACUCUCCAAAGAUGCCAGCUGUCACGGUGAAGGACGUCAACCAGCAGGACUUCGUGAAGGCAUUGUCGGCUUUCCUUAAAAAGUCUGGUAAACUGAAGGUCCCUGAAUGGGUGGACACAGUGAAACUGGCAAGUCAUAAAGAGCUGGCUCCCUGUGAUGACAACUGGUUCUACACCAGAGUCGCCUCCACGGCGCGACACCUGUAUCUGAGGGGUGGGGUGGGGGUGGGCGCUAUGAUCAAGGUCUACGGUGGACGGCAGAGGAACGGCGUAUGCCCCGCCCACUUCAGCGUGGGCUCCAGGAAUGUGGCCCGGAAGGUCCUGCAGGCGUUGGAGGCCCUCAAGAUGGCGGAGAAGGACCCCAAUGGCGGCCGGAGACUAACACCUCAAGGCCAGCGAGAUCUCGAUAGGAUUGCUGGUCAGGUUGCUUCAGCGAAUAAGAAACAGUGAUGUUCCUGAAGGCAACAAGAAGAGCAUGCUAACAUCAUAGCCAAGUUAAUUGCUUGAAUGCAUUCCUGCCUUGACUUUUAGACGCCUCCAGAAAACACUCACAGGUUGAGGUUCCAUGUUGGGAUUAAAUAUUACUUGCAUGAAGGCCGGAAAUCUUCUGCCGGUGAGUGGUUUUAAUAUAAAGAAAUUGGUGGGGAAAGAUCUGCCCUUGACUUCGAAAAGAAAUUCUGAACACUGAGGACAUAAGGUCAAUGUUAUCCUGUAUGCUCGGCGUGUUGAAAGGACAAUGAAUAACGCACGUUGUACAUUCCAAUAAAAAAAAAAUAAACACAGAAAAACCGGAGCUUAAAUGCCACUCACUUUAAUCAUGCAUUCCCGAACCCUGCUUUUUA